GUUGCCGUAAAGCCAGCUUCAAAAAUUGAGGGAAAAAUAGAUAAGGUAAAAUUAUUAUUUUUUUGCCACAUUUUUUCGAUCCGUUCGCGUGUUUUUGUUUUUGUGAGUGAGCAUAAUCUCUUUUGGCAGCUGAUGUUGAUUUAGAGGGCGUUUUUUUUAGAGAGAGAGAGAGAGAGAGGGAAAAAGAGAGAGAGGGGGCGGGUGUCUCUCGCUCUAGCCUCGCGCAGCCUCACGCUGACAUGCUCACAGACUCGCGUGAAAUCAACACACGGACGGUUUACUUCCACAUUUAUCGCUUAUUUUCGGGAUUUUCUGGAUAUACAACACCAUAAUCGAUGCGAGGCCUUCUAACUGAGAUUCAUCGCUGAUAUUACGCCUGCGAUCCUUCUGUUUUUGUCGUUUUUCCCCCUCAGUGGAGCGUUCGUGCGUUAUGAAUUCCAGCCCGCUUCCUAACGGCAGGCUCCUGCCGGACAGCCAGAGCUGGAACUCCUCCGGUUCCGAGGAGGAUCUGGACACCGAACCGGGACCCGGACCGCACGGAGGGGUGGUGGAAUUCAGCGGGGUGCUCAGUAAGUGGACUAACUACAUUCAUGGAUGGCAGGACCGCUGGGUCGUGCUGAAGAACAACACCUUGAGUUACUACAAAUCCCAAGACGAACGAGAGUACGGCUGCCGUGGUUCCCUCUGCCUCAGCAAGGCUGUCAUCACACCUCACGAGUUUGACGAGUGCCGUUUGGACAUCAGUGUCAAUGAUAGCGUGUGGUAUCUCCGGGCUCAGGACCCAGAACAUCGCAACCAGUGGAUCGAUUCCAUCGAGCUGCACAGGGCUGAAUCUGGUUAUGGUUCGGAGUCCAGUUUGAGGAGACAUGGAUCCAUGCUUUCCCUCACAUCUGCCACCAGCGGAUACUCGGCCACCUCCACCUCCUCCUUUAAGAAGGGUCACAGUCUGCGGGAGAAGCUGGCAGAGAUGGAGACGUUUCGGGACAUCCUGUGCAGGCAGGUGGACACGCUGCAGAAAUACUUCGACGGCUGCGCUGAUGCUGUGAACAGAGACGAGCUCCAGAGAGACAAAAUCGUGGAGGAUGAUGAAGAUGGUUUCCCUACCACUCGCCCCGAUGGAGAAUUCCUGCAUAACAACAACGGCAGCAAGGAGAAAUUAUUCCAGUGUUUGAGUCAUAAAGGCAUUAAUGGGAUAGACUUUAAAGGAGAGGCCAUCACGUUCAAGGCGACCACCGCAGGGAUCUUGGCUACACUUUCUCACUGCAUUGACCUGAUGGUGAAGAGAGAGGACAGCUGGCAGAAAAGACUGGAUAAGGAGAUGGAGAAGAGGAGGAGGGUGGAGGAAGCGUAUAAAUCAGCCCUGUCUGAGUUGAAGAAGAAGUCUCAUUUCGGAGGGCCCGAUUACGAGGAGGGUCCAAACAGCCUGAUCAAUGAAGAUGAGUUCUUUGAUGCCGUGGAGGCCGCUCUGGACCGACAAGACAAAAUAGAAGAGCAGUCUCAGUGUGAGAAGAGCAGGAUACAGAGGAGCAAUUCAGUGCCUUCAGGAGACGCCUACUCCACCGUGGGCUCUCACCGAUUCGCUGAGAAGCCCCCCUCUCGUCCUUCCUCUCCCUCAUCUUCUGCUGUCGUCUUCACUCCUUCUCUCUAUGAGCACCGGUUCAGUGCUGAGGUGGAGGAGAUGGUUCAGAAUCACAUGACCUACUCUCUGCAGGAUGUGGGUGGAGAUGCUAACUGGCAGCUCGUGGUGGAGGAGGGAGAGAUGAAGGUGUACCGGAGGGAGGUGGAGGAGAACGGGAUCGUACUGGACCCUCUGAAGGCCACACACUCUGUCAAAGGCGUCACAGGUCAUGAGGUCUGCCACUACUUCUGGGACACGGAUGUCCGUAACGAUUGGGAAACUACUGUUGAAAACUUCAACAUCGUGGAGACGUUGUCCGAUAACGCCGUCAUCAUCUACCAGACUCAUAAGAGAGUGUGGCCAGCGUCCCAGAGAGACGUCCUCUAUCUGUCUGCCAUCCGUAAGAUCAUGGCCAAUAACGAGAACGAUCCAGACACAUGGCUCGUCUGCAACUUCUCGGUCGACCACGAGAAUGCCCAGCCAAACAACAGAUGCGUUCGUGCUAAAAUCAACAUCGCGAUGAUCUGCCAGACGCUGGUCAGUCCACCAGAGGGCGACAAAGAGAUCAGCAGAGACAACAUCCUGUGCAAAAUCACAUACGUGGCCAACGUGAAUCCUGGCGGAUGGGCUCCUGCGUCUGUCCUGAGGGCCGUGGCGAAGAGAGAAUAUCCCAAAUUCCUCAAGCGCUUCACUUCCUACGUCCAGGAGAAAACUGCCGGAAAGCAAAUCCUCUUCUGAGCACCAGUUCUGCCGUCAGUGUGCCCGAGCGGCUCCGGUUCCCGCACACUCCUCUCGCCACACAGAAGACUCAUCGCGUCCCUUUCCCGACUCUUUUGAACCCCGCUGCCACAGGAAGCCCCGGCAGCGGCUCAUCGGUAGACGCUUGAAGCCGUUCUGUAGCGCUGCACUAGUUCACACAGGCAGAGGACUAGAGAAGCCAAACGCCAACGUCUGUCCCGUGUUUUCUGCCAGAGAUCUAUAUUGAUAUAAAUAUAUAUGUAUGUAUGUAAGUAAGUGAGAUGGGAAGUUUAUAUAUGACGGAGAGUUUUAAAGCUGAACACACGAGACCGGCUGUUUUAGUCCUGAUUAUUAGUGUUUUUUGUUUAGAACAAACAUUUCAGCUUUGCUUUCAUUGUCCACGUAUAAUCGUCGACGUUCAGUAUCGAAUCAAAGGCAUGUGUGUAAAUGAACUCGAGGGCUUUCGUUGGCCUGCCUUUCGUCUCAACGUUCGCCGUCUCUUUUAUGAAGCGCUGAAUCUGCCGCUGACGAAGAGGCCAUGUGGACGAUUAUUUUCUUCGGCGACGUAAUCUUUAGUUAUAUCCGUGUCUCAGCGGCUGACGUACCGUAGCACAAUUACAGAUCGAUCGUAACAGGCAAAAAAUUUUAAUACGUCAGACGAACUUUGCGCACAGAUUAUUUGUAUAUAAUUUCAUUGUUGCUUGAGAUCGUCAGUCGAUGCUUUUACCUGACUAAUCCAACUCCAUAUGCCUUAGUGUGUGAGUGUGUGUGUGUGUGUGUGAGAGAGACUGAGAAGUGUGUGUCCUACUCAAACAUUUCUAGAGAAGUGCCUCAUUAUUGAUCUGGUACGUCUUGCUGAUCGUGCCGCCCACGUCCAUUACAUCAAAACCACAGCCACGACCCAAACUGGCGUCCUUUAGUGUUUCUACAAAGAUCAUUUUAAUAUUGAUUUCGUACUUUGUAUUAUUUAAACGUGAUUUUUGCAAUCAGCAAGGACAGAUUGUGUCAUCAGAAAAGUGUCUUCUCAUUGGAGAAGCUCUGAUGCCAGUCGAAUAUUCUAUCCAAUAGGGAGAUGCGGUUUAAAUUCGGGGCAUAGAUCAUACGUAGUUGUAGUUUGGGUAGAAUUAGUUGCGUUUAUUUAUUUUUUUCUUUAUCAAAUGUAAUUUUCCAAAAUAAAUAUUAAUGUCAAGCAUUCAUAAACAAUCUUACAAGGCACAAACUGGCAAAAAUAGAUUUUUUUUCCCUCAGUGUUUUUGUUUUGUUUUACAGCACAAAUAUCUAAACAUUAUUAAAUCAAGAUGCAUUUACUUUAGAAGAAAAAUUAUUAAAGAAAUGCUUAAAACAAGAAGGAAUAUCUGCCAAUGGGGUCUGAAGAAUGAUCUUGUGUUCCUUUUGAAUUAAGUUUCUCCAACAGAUAUUGGCAUAAACUCUAAAAAAAAUUUAUAACAUUUUAAAGUGGUUUUGUGUUUCCAGUAAAUGUAUCUUGAUUUAAGAAUGUUUAGAUAUUUGUAUUGGAAAACAAGACAAAAUUACUGAGUAAUAAAAUACGUUUUUUUUUUGCAGAACGACAAGAACUUUUAAAUUUUUUGCUAAACAUUUUCAUUGGUCAAACUGUUCCCAUGAUUAUGUAAGCUUGUUUCUGUCAUGAAAUAAAAAAUAAAAAGGUAAUUGCGACUUAAUCGCACAAUUCUGACAUUUUUUUUUUCUCAGAAUUGCGAGAUUUAAACUCACGAUUGCGUGAGAAAAGUCAGAAUUCAGUUUAAAUCUCGCAAUUCUGACUUUAUAAGAUGCAAUUGCGAGUUUAUUUCACAAUUCUGAGAAAGUCAGUUGCGAGUUAUAGUCAGAAUUGCGUGAUAAAAACUCACAAUUGUAAGAAAAAAAGGUUUAUUUCUUGCAAUUCUAACUUUUUAAUUCACAAUUGUGAGAUAUCGCAAUUCUGACUUAAUACUCAGUUGCGAGUUUAUUUCUCACAAUUCUGACUUUAUAAUUCGCAAUUGUGAGUUUAUAGUUAGUUGUUCUUAGAAAAACAUCAGAAUUGCGAGUUAUAAAGUCAGAAUUGUGCAAUUAAAAACCCGCAAUUACAAGCAAAAAGUCAAAAUUGUGAGAUAAAAAGUCGCAAUUACCUUUUUUAUUUUUUUUUAUUUAGUGGUGGAAACAAGCUUCCAUACAUGAUAGACUGUUAAAGAUGCUUUAGAGGACAGAAAGUAGCCAAACGCAGAGCAGGUGCACAACGACAACACCUGAGUAUUUACAGAAAGCUUUCGACCAGAUGCGAUUUUCAAAACGUCACGCUCGUACAACUUAAACAUUCCAGACACUCACUGAACCCGAAUGUACGAAUCCACCGGAGUGAAACCGUAAAGCUGAAUGUGUUACUUAAAAAAAAAAAUACAAAUAAAACAUACACCUGAUUUCCCCUGAUUGGAGGGUUUUUCGGUGGAAACAGCCAAUCAGGCGAGGAGUUCUGCUUGUGUGUCCCUCUAAUACAGUCUAGUGUGUUAUUAGUUGCAUUUGCACUGAAUGUAAAGUCCUUGGGGUUCAGAUGUUUUGUGUACAUACGCGUCACACUAAAGGUGUCAGGAUAAACAUGUACUGUGAAUAGAGGGCGGCGCCGCUGCCUGUUAGAGAGGAAUAAAAUGAUUGACAUCUUUCUGCA